AAGGUUGGAGACCCCUGCCCUAAAAUGAGGAGAACCGGGGCAUUGAUUCUAUGCUGUUUGCGAAUUGCAAUCUUUUUUUUUUUUUUGCACGUUCGCUAAAGGCUAAAAGGCGCCUUACGUUCGGCAGAGCCGCGGCUGCAAUUUUAUUUCAAAGGGUCUACUUGCAGGCGUAUUUUUUAUUUUAUUCCAGAGGGUGUAGGGAGAGAUGCGCAGGAGUUGCCUUUUCUGCAUAAAACAUUUCUUGUCCUAGUGAACGUCGUUCUUCGAGUAUGAAAUUAGUCACCCCCUCCCUCCCUCCCACGCUCUUGGAUCUGGUCUCAGAAACAUCUGCAAGGCAGUUAUUCAGGUCGAGCUACAAGUCCCUGCAAAACUGAAAUGGUCAGGCAGCCUUGUUGUUUUCCAAGAAGUCAGAUGGCAUGUUCACCAACAAAGAAAGCUUCAUUUUUAUUUAUUUAUUUAUUUUGUCACAACAGUAUAUAUAAGCAUAAGCAUGAAAAUAACUAUGUAAUAUAUAAGCAUAUAUAUAAGCAUAAGUAUGUAAUAACUAUAUUAAUUGGAUAUAAUGAAAUGAAACAAUAUGACAGGAACGGUAGGCACGUUUGUGCGCUUAUGCACGGCAUUUCGUUUAUUUUUGAUAGUCCUAUGGCUUUUAAAAAUUGUUACAACAUACAGUUAUUUUUUUUUAAAAAAACUAUCUUCAUGUAUUUUAAGUAUUUUGAGUGAGUCAUUUAUUAAAACCCCAGAUCUAUUCAAACAUGUAGAUUUAUACUGAAAAUUUGGAAUAGAAUAGAAUAGGAUAGAAUUUUUUAUUGGCCAAGUGUGAUUGAACACACAAGGAAUUUGUCUUGGUGCAUAUGCUCUCAGUGUACAUAAAAGAAAAGAUACGUUCAUCGAGAAUUCUAAGAAUGUCUCUGGCUGCUUAUUGUGUUUUUUGCUAUAGAAAGAUAGGAACUUUAGGUUCAACGUGGAAAGUUGAUCAAUCAUGGAAAGAUAUCAGAACAAUUGUGAAGUUAACUGGCUCACUUAUUCUGGGUGGUUGUAUAUUUGUUACUUAUGAAGUUCUGACUUUAAGAAAAUUAUUCAGUUUUGAUACCCAAGUGGUACAACAAGAAAAACUGAAAUCCUACAUCUACUUACAAACAGUUUCUUUAGACCAAAGUGACUAUCAAGGAGUUAUAUAUCAAGUGAGAAAGAAGCUUCACCGAGCAGCCAAGAAAAUUAUAGAAAUGCAUGCUCGAAUUUUCCAAAAGCCCUUUGAUGAACGCUUCAGUACACUUGAUGCAGAAGAGCGCGAUUAUGCCUUGUGGCUGCUUGUGAAAAGAAGUCAAUCAAAUGAUAAAAUGGUCCGAUUACAAGCUGUGCAGGAAUUGGCCGCUAAUCGUUACUGGCAUGAUUAUCAGUACAGGACUGUUGCCCAAACAAGCGACCAGAGAACUGCCAUUGCUUUAGCUCGGAGUAAAGAUGUUGAUCUGAGAUUUUUCUUGCCUCCGCAUCUUUUACUGAAUCCAAAAGAUACUUGUUGCUUAGAAGAUGAACUUCGACUGCUACUGGCAUCUUUACCUCAAACAGAUCUUGACCAGUGUGUACAGUAUUUUACCUCUUUAGCUUUAAGAGAAAGCAGCCAGACCAUAGCUGCCCAAAAGGGGGGCUUAUGGUGUUUUGGAGGUAAUGGGCUUCCAUAUUGUGAAAGUCUUAGUACCAUACCGGCAAAGACAGUGGAACUCUUCUGCCUGCAAGCUUUGGUGGAACAUUCCAAGAUCCCUAGCCAUUGUAAUAAAAUUGAAGCAAACAAGGGACUUCAACUCCUGCAAAAGUUGUAUCACCUUCAUAGAGAUUCUCACAAAAUACAAAGAAGUAUCAUUCACAUAAUUGGAAAUAUGGCACUAGACGAACGUCUUCAUGCAUCGAUAACACGUGCAGGAUGGGUUUCUAUACUAGCAGCUAUGAUGAAGUCUCCACGUGUCAUGGAAUCCUCUCACGCUGCAAGAGCCUUGGCUAAUCUGGACAGGGAAGUGAUGCAAGAAAAGUACCCAGAUGGUGUAUACAUUUUACACCCACAAUGUCGAACCAAUGAGCCCAUUAAAGCGGAUGUCCUUUUUGUUCAUGGCCUUUUGGGAGCGGCAUUUAAAACAUGGCGACAACAGGACCUUGAGGACUCUGCGGAUGAAAGAGACAUGGAUGCGGAAGAUGACUACAGUGAAUGUUGGCCAAAAACUUGGUUAGCAUCUGACUGCCCAUCACUUAGAAUUAUUUCUGUGGAAUAUGAUACCCACCUUAGUGACUGGAGAACCAAAUGUCCUGUAGAGAGCUACAGAGAAUCUCUUGCAUAUCGAAGUACUGAGCUUCUCAAGAAACUAAGAGCUGCUGGGAUUGGAGACAGGCCUCUCAUAUGGCUGUCGCAUAGCAUGGGCGGCCUCCUAGUCAAGAAAAUGCUGUUGGAUGCUUCCAUGGACCCUGAAAUGGCUUCCAUAGUGGACAGCACACGGGGAAUUGUAUUUUAUAGUGUUCCUCACCACGGCUCCCGGUUAGCUGAAUAUUCCGUAAAUAUUCGAUUUCUGCUCUUCCCUUCUGUGGAAGUCAAAGAGCUCAGCAAAGAUUCGCCUGCCCUGAAAGCACUGAAUGAUGACUUCAUCUCAUUUGCCAAGAACCAGAACUUUCCAGUGUUAAGCUUUGCAGAAACUUUGCCAACACGAGUUGGCAGAAUGUUGAGUCUGCAUGUCGUGCCAGUGGAAUCUGCAGAUUUGGGCAUUGGAGAACUCAUUCAGGUAGAAGUUAGCCAUCUCAACAUUUGCAAACCCAAGAACAAAGAAUCUUUCCUGUAUCAACAAACCUUAAAGUUUAUUCAAGAUUCUCUAAAAAGGGAGCUGGGAAAUCACUGAACGGCAACGCCGUGCAUAUUUGUUCUUUUACUGGAGCAGUUACACUUAACUUUUCUUUGAAUCUGGGCCUGUCCUUGGCAGGGCGGCUGUUUUAUUACACUCAAAUUGUUUUUUUUAACAUUACCUAAUGGAAAACUGUGGGUGUAUUUCUGGUGUUGUAUAUUGUACAUUGUACAUAGAAUUUUUGUUCAUUUUGAGUUCCAUUUAAUGCUUGACAAGGAAAGAGUUAUCUGGGCUCCUGGAAGGUCUUUUCACUGUUUUGUAAGCUUGUGUUUUAUCUAAAGAGAUCUUCAUUUUCUCCUCAAUUUAGAAACAAAGCUGCUAUGCCAUUAAUGAUUAUCCUAUACUACUUUAUUCAGUCACUGACACUAGAUGGCUGGGGGCACUUGACCCUAUAUAUACUGUGCAUGCUGGAGAGCAAAUGCACUAAUGUCAUAAAUCUACUCUCCCAUGCUGAUGUACUUAUACACCCACAUUGCAUGGUAUCAGGUUCUUUAUGGACAUUCUAAUAUUUUAAAUAUAGUAGAAAAUAUGUGUAAUGACAAAUGAAUCUGGACCCUAAUCUGUUUUUUUGCAGCUGGAUGCCAACAGAAAACAAGAGUAUACUGUAAAUCUGCUAUUGUACAGUGUUUGGAAAGCUGUUACAAGUCCAGAACUAUUUACUCCAAAGAACUGAAGCAGUUUCUUAAUUCUAUGACAACAGAUUUUCCUGUGGUCAUCUUAUACCAAAAUGCCUCAUGAAGUAACAAAGAUUCAGAAUUGUUGCUCGAUUCUGCAUAGAAGGCUGGAUUAGUCAAGGGGACACUUGAUAUGAAUCACAAUUAUGUCUUUACCCACUUAAAUUUUUGUAAAACUCAGAAGAUAAAAAUUCAGUCUCAAUGUAAUCUGAAUAGCCAGCCAAAUAUAUAUUGCUAUAUUGAAAAUGCGAAACAUUCCAGGAGGGUAGAAAUUCUUUCCUUUGGCUGGUGCCAUUUAAGUAUUUUGAAUCUUAAGUAAUAUAAUGUAUAAAGCAGUUGUUCAGUUUCAGCAUGAAGCCAAACCAUUGCUUAAUUUUUCACGUAAAUGAAAAAAAAAAUCUUCCUGAAGAUUGUCCUGUUUUUAUGUUCCAUUUGUUUAAUAUCCCAGUGAUAAAACAACUGCCAUAACUGAGUUAGAAGCCACCACUGAUAUUGUCAGAUGUUUCAAACCAUGGCGUGGAGUUAUAGAGAACCUUUGUAAACCUUAUCUAUGAUUUAAAAUGAUUAAUUAAGCCACUAUAUUUGUAGCAAAGCAAAUUCCUUUUGUAGCCAAAGGGGAAAUGGUUAUCCAUAUCAAUUGGCUGCAUUUCCUUGUGUCAAAAACAUUUUGUAACUGUCAGAGCUAUCUGAAGUAUAUAUUCCCAUUGCCACCCACCCCAAACAGCAUGUAAUUUUUUGUGUGUGUACUAAAUAGUAUUUUGUGUAUACAUUUUCAGGCAACUCUUGAUUUUUUUUUACUACUGCAGCUGAUUAAAAAAGGGCAUGUAGUAAACAUAAAAAAAUACUUGAUCAUUACAUUGCUGCCUGCAGUUAUAACAUUACACAUUUAGGAAAAACCCACCAUAAAUUAUUCUUCCAGAAUAAAAACUUUCCAAGAAGUUACCUUUCACUAGGCAAUUUAUACAUAAUGAAGUAAACAAAUAUGUGAAUUAUUCACAAUGUCAAAUCUAUGAAUACUGUUGUGUCUAAAUCAGUGUUUCUCAAUUAUUUUCUGUCAUGCCCCCCUAGGAAGAAGAAAACAUUUUUCGCGCCCCCCGCGCGACUGUAAAUAGUAUCAUUAGCUUGUUAUGACAGUGUUUGCUGAGGUCAAACGCGCCCCCCUUUACGGAGCCUCGUGCCCCCCCCGGGGGGCGCGCCCCACUAUUUGAGAAGCACUGGUCUAAAUGGAUACAUGACUCAAUAGCAUCAUGAAGCUACUGGUGUUGAGUGGGCUAUGAUUUGGUCUUGAAUGAAGUAACUGAAAUUCAGCUUUGCUUUCCCAAAAUUGCCUGUGACUUUAUAUUUAAACAGUAUUUUUUUUUAUUAAACAUUUUCAGAGGUUAUAUUUUACUCAGAACAAACUGCUCAGGACAACUUUUAUUUAUUGCAACAUUUGCCCUGUUCCAUUUUUGCUCAGGGCGAGUGGCAUAAAUUGCAAUUGAUGGCAGAGUAUGUUACUAGAAAGAUUCAAGUUUUAAUGAGGCAUCUCACUA